AUGGGAGACAUGGGAGGGCACGGCAUGGGCAUGGGCGGCAUGGCCCCGCCGCCGGCAGCGGCGACGCACGGCAUGGGCAUGCGGAGGAAGCGGUACAUGCACAUGACCUUCUACUGGGGGAACAAGUCGGAGAUCCUCUUCACCGGGUGGCCCGGCGCGCGCGGCGGCAUGUACGCGCUCGCGCUAGUCGCCGUCUUCGCGCUCUCGCUCCUCCUCGAGUUCCUCGGGUGCCGCAGGCUGGAGUCAUGCCUCCCCGCGUCCGCGAGCAGGCGCGGCGCGGCGGCGCGCGCGGCGGCGCACGCGCUGCGCGUGGGCGUGGCGUACCUGCUCAUGCUCGCGCUCAUGUCGUUCAACGGCGGCGUGUUCAUCGUGGCUGUGGCCGGGCACGCGGCCGGGUUCCUGGCGUUCAGGGCGCAGGCGGAGGACGGGUGCAAGGAAAGAGAGGUCGCGCCGGCGGCGUGCUGCUAG